AUGUGGUAUUUUCCUCAGGGGCAUCUGUUCGUGGUGGGAGUACGUUCAGUUCCACAUGACCCACCCUGUAUGCAAAAUGAAUUAUUUUUCACCUGGUUGAUUUCUUUAUUGAAAAUUGAAGACUGUAAUCUUCGCAAAUCAAAAGAUAUGCAGGGUGGGAGCAUACGCUUUAGAAAUGGAUAUUUUCCAUGUGGUAUCUGCGGAGCUACUCUCACCAGAUUGGACAACUUGAGAAGGCACCAAAAAACUGUUUGUGCUGGAUUAGUACCAAUUUUUCAGUGUGAAUUGUGUCCAUUUGUAUCUAAACAUAAAUAUAACCUACGAAUGCAUGUUAAAAGUUCGGAGUUUAAUGACUUCAAAAAUUCUCCGCUUGAUCUUGAUUGCGAUGAAUUCUUGGUGAAAACUGAACAAGCUGAUGGGAAUGAUGAACUUUCCGAGAAAGGAUACUCUGACGAAACUGUUGGGCGAAGGAGAGAAUUCAGCAGUUCGGAGAGAGCAGCUCAGAAGAGGAGGAAAAGUAGUGGCCAAGAAUAUAUGACUACCAGAGGAAUCAUCAGACCUGCCCGAACUAUCAGAACCAGUUGUACCAACUGCAGACUGCGUUGCAAUGAAAUGCUUGAUGACCAAGCAAGGCAUGCAAUUUUCGAUAGUUUCUGGGGUCUGGGAGAUACGCAGCUUCAGUGGAACUAUAUAGCAUCAAGGGUGCAUCGUCACCCCAAGAAAUCUUGCAGUGGUCUAUCGUCUAGAAGGAAGUUUUCUCACAAUUAUACGUUCGUUCAGUCGGGACAGGUGAUCACGGUUUGCAAGAAGUUUUUUUUCUCAACGCUGAAUAUUACGGAUAGAAUGGUGAGAACUGCUUUGGAUAGUGAUGAAUCCGACGAAAGAGUUACAGAGUAGAGGAAGGUUGCCUAUUUCAGGCUAGCUUUUGAAAGUGAUAAGGAUAUUCCUUUCGAAAUUAAAAUAUCAACUUUUUUUUUCGCUUCAUAACACAGGUCAAUAUGUAAUUGAACAUGAUAUAAUGAACAUAACAUUCAUCGUGAAUCAUUUUCGAAAUUAAAAAAAUAAUCAAACUCGUAAUUUUGUUUCUACUUCAA